AUGCCUUCCAGCAUUGACUUCGAGGCCGAACGCCUGCAAAACCUCCAACAAAAGCAGGCUCUCCUCGAACAAUUAAACCUUCAUUCGCACGCAUCUAAACAAGUGAGAGCCUUAGUGCCGGAUUCCGAGCACAAACACCAACCCAAGAAGCGCCGUCUCAACAGCACAGUCCCGGCCUCGCGAUCCUCCGCCAGACUCGCAGGCACCACCCGCAUAUCCUAUACCGAAGAGAAGCACACAAUUCUCCACGAGGACGACUCUCCCUACAGACUCAAACGUCCUCGCAAGCCAAAAUCUCAAUCUAUACCCAUCCCGCCCUCAUCACCUCCUCCCGCAGACUACUCCUCUUCCGACCUCCCCACUCUCCUAGCAAAGUACAACAACUGGGCACCCUCCGCCCCCGAGCCCACCGUUCUCGACAAUGGCACCUACCAUUUCGAAUCGCAUCCGACGUUCACACCUAACAUAUCCCCACUCUCAAUCCUCCUCGAAGGCGCGUUCGGCGGUUCCUUCUUUGCGCCCUGGUACAGCCGUACCCUCCGCCUAACCCUCAAGGACGACUACCUUCUCACCCUUCCAGAAUCGUGGCGCGCCGGACUUGACCCACCAACCAAAUACCUCGUCUCAUCCACCUACGAUCCCUCGCUCAACAAGUACGGCGUCCAGUGCGGGCAGACGCAGUCAGAAUGGGAGGCAGCAGGCUGGCUGAACUUCGAUCAUGACCCUCGCGGCUGGUUCGAGUGGUAUAUCCGCUUUUGCCUGGGUCGGCGCUGCGACGACGGCGAAGAUGAGAGACAGGUCGGCCGUUGGUUACGUUGUGUCGGGCCCAAGGGCAGGUGGAAACGCAUGCUGUUGAAGAAGUAUGUCGAAAAUGGUGUGAGGAGUAUCUUCGAUGAUGACAAUGACGCCGACAGGGAGGUCAGUCCGGUCAUGCAUCAGACUUGUCACCACUGGGCGUAUCAGGUCCGUCAGGAGGAUCUUGACGAGGCAUGGCGCGAACGAGGACGAUAA